AAUGUCUUAUCUACCUGGGUUCAUAUUUAUAAUUCAACUAGAGUCCAGGGUGUGUGGAUCUGUUCAUGGGGCAGUUCAAGGGCUACAAGCUUCUGACCGUGGGCUUGGUCUUUCUGCUUCUGGUGUUCUGCCUCAUGACCACUUGGCAUGAGCCCAUAAUCCGGUUGCUCCCACCACCCCGUCCUGUCUCUGAAGAUGUCUCAGACUCCAUCGACAGGGACUCUGUCUCUCAAGAACUCUUCAACUUGACCAGCCUUCUAUACUGGCCUCCAACUGGUGGAGACAGGGAUGACUUUCUGGCCUCUACCAGCCCCAGAACCUCUACCUACCACUUGAAGGGUCCUGCCCAGGCCAACUAUACUCUGGGAAGUAACCUAGAGGCCAUCCUUGUGGCUAGGGAUCACUGGGGUAGGCCCAAAGCUCAUGGUGGUGAUCUGUUUCGGGCACAGCUGCUGGGUCCAGAAUUGAGAGCAGGAGUCCCAGGGGAGGUGAAGGAUCUGGAGAAUGGCACUUACCUCUUGUCCUUCCCCCUGCUCUGGGCUGGAUGGGCCCAGGUGCAAGUGCGACUGAUCCACUCCAGUGAGGCAGUUGGGGUCCUGCAAAGAGUCUGGAGAGGGAAACGAGCCACUGUUGAUUUUAGAGGGUAUUUCCGAGGAACAAAUGGCACUCAAGAGACUGUCAUCUGUAAUGUGGACCCCCAGUCAACUGGAGCCAAAGGGUCUACCUGCCAAUACAAGGAUGUGGUUUCUGGGGAGAUCUGGUUCUGUGCUCAACCCCGUACUUUGCCUUGCAAUGCUUUAGUGGGUCACUCGAGUGGAAGUUAUCUGAAGGUGACCACGCCUCAUGAUAAAGACCUGCUGGCUGGGAAUGUGACUGACCAGAAACUCCCUUCAGGCGUACCUCCAGUCCUUGUCCUACCAGCCUGGGGAAACAUGAGUAACAUGGCCCUGCCCUCAAGGCCCCCAUGUCACCCUGGCCACCUGUCUCCAAAACCCUCUGGCUUCUACCACCAAGACAGAUGGCAUUCGACAUUCUGUUCUAGCCGCACUUUCCCCACUGUGGACAGCAUCCUGAACUGCCUGGCUGGACGCAUUGUUUACAUGAUGGGGGAUUCCACACUCCGGCAGUGGUGGGAGUAUCUGCGAGACACAGUGCCCUCCCUGAAGCCAGUUGAUCUACACGCCACUUAUCAAGUAGGUCCCCUGAUGGCCGUGGAGACAACUCGGGGGGGGACAGUGUUGCACUGGAGGGUACACAGCUGGCCCCUACGUUCUCUCCGCACCCCAGUGGCCUCCCUGCACUCUGUGGCCAGAGAACUACAUGGCCUGGCCGGGGGACCCUACACAGUGGUGGUGCUGGGUAUGGGAGCCCACUUCACCACGUUCCCUCCCUCCAUCUUUGCCCGAAGACUGGCAGGGAUUCGGGCAGCUGUGAAGGCCCUGCUGGACCGGGAGCCCAGUACUCUGGUCGUCAUCAAACUGGCCAACACUGGCUACAAAUCGGUGUAUGGCAGUGACUGGCUCACACUCCAGAUGAACCGCUUCCUCCGCGCUGCCUUUGUGGGUCUCCGCGUGGCCUUUGUGGAUGCGUGGGAAAUGACCUCCAGCUUGGCUGUGCCAGACGACAUCCACCCAAGGAAGCUUAUUGUCCGCAAUGAAGUGGAAUUAUUUCUGUCCUUCAUCUGUCCCACCUGAGUGCUCCUGAGGGAUCUGAGGCUGAGUGGAUGGAGAGAGAGCCUGGGUGUGGCUGUCUCAAAAUGAACUUCUGUGACGGAAAGCUGAAGCUACCCCGGCUCACCCACUAUGACACUGUGGGUCCGUAUUUCAUACUCCUCUCUGUGCGCCACAUGGACAAAUCUAGUUCAAUAGAAAUGAUUUGCAUCGUUUUCUCUUUUUGAAUGU